UGUGUGUGUGUUGGUUUUUAUGAUUUAUCAGGACUUUUCACCUGAUUACGUGCCGACAUUAUCGGGACAUUUGGGAUUAUGAGGACAGGGACGGUGUCCUCAUAAUUCCUGUAAUACAGAUGCAUUUAUCUAAGUUAGAAAACCCCCCCUGCAAACUUUGGGGCCAAGUCCUCUUACACCACAAAACCACGAAAACCAGUUCACACAGUGUAAACUCUGCAUUCAGCAUCGCGCCCUCUGUAGGCUGGAGCCGGAGAAACACCAGAAUAACACUUGCGUUAAGAUUUACGGCUGCUGAUUGGCUAGUUCUGGACUAGCCAUCUAAGGUUGUGAUUGGCUGAGAGGUAUGUCAUUCACUGCGAAUCCUCGUUUCUAUCGGUGGACUUCAGCAGGAGACUAAGAGGACACUACAAUAUCCUGUAAUAUCCAAGUCGUGGAACAGACUGUAAUCAGGAGGAGAUGGCUUCUUCGAAGUUGAGAAGUAGAAAACUUUCUCCAAAACAAGAGGCUGCAUAUUUUAUAUCUGCAUGUAAAGACAAAGAUGGACUUUAUGUGAAAUAUAUAAAUUCAUAUAAAGGCCGUGGGGUAUACAGCAGAUUCCAUUUUGAGAGGGGAGAUUUUCUUCUGGAAUACAGAGGGCAACUCAUCAGCAGGCAUGAAUGUGAAAGUAGACAGAAAAUAUAUCAUGAUGCCCUCAAAGUGUUCAUGUUUGAAUUUUAUUUCAAUGGAAAAUUGUUUUGCAUUGAUGCUGCCCGAGACGAUGGCUCCCUUGGGAGACUGGUGAAUGAUGACCAUGUUAGCCCAAACAGCAAAAUGAAAAAAAUAACCAUAUCAGGAAAGCCCCAUCUAUGUUUAUUCGCAACCAGAAGCAUUAGUCCUGGAGAAGAAAUUACAUAUAACUACGGUGACUCUGACUGGCCAUGGAGAUGCAAGGUGGCUACUGAAAAAGACCAACUGCACCCAAAAGAGCAGAGCACAUCAAGUGAGAACAUAACCGAUGUGGGAAUGACUACGAAUGUCCAGUUGUUGCCAGAAGGACAGCAUGCAGAUGUCCUAAGAGAAGAGACAGAAGAGGCUGUUUCUGAGGGAGACCCCUGUGCCAAUACUCUGAUGGAUAACUCAUCACUUAGCAAAGAAAUGGAACAGAACAUAACCGAUGUGGGAAUGACUACGAAUGUCCAGUUGUUUCCAGAAGGACAGCAUGCAGAUGUCCUAAGAGAAGAGACAGAAGAGGUAGCCACCAAACUUGAUUUUUGCAAGACAGGGGGUCACAGAUCAUCAUUUCCAAAUGAGAAUGUUGAGAAGCAGCCCUGUAAGCAUGAGGUCAUCCAUGCAAAUUUUUCAAGCAUGGACAAAUGUUCUGCAUGUUUUGGACCUGUGGCGCCACUCAAGUGGAUUGGUCUGAGGUGUAAAGUGUGCUCUAAAUUUUGGCACAAGAACUGCUUUGCAAAAUUUGAAAAGAAUGAUGAAGAACCACUUUCAUGGGAUAUAGGAUUUUCAAGUUCUGAUGAGGAAGUGUCACUCUCAGAUGAGGAAUAUGUCCCAGACUCAGACAGUGAAUCGUGCAGUUCAGUGGAGUUAGCAGCAGGAUAUGUAAACAAUGUCCAAAACAAAUGUUCCUCAAAUGAACAGAACGUGAAAGUUGCCACCUCAGAGUGCACCAAAUCUCAGAAAACAAAGUUGAACCAGGAAGGUGUAAGCAAAGGUUCACAGUAUUUGAAGGCCAGGGAAGUGUCUUGUUUAAAUGAGGAUGAUUUAUUUUGUUGUCUGGAGGAGUUGACAAGUGGAGAAUCAGACAAUGAGUCAGACAGUUCUGCAGAAGGGACAGAUUUACUUUCAAGCACCAGUCAAGUUAAACGCCUUUCAGAGAUCAAAAGAUCAUCAAAAGUUGACGUUUUAAUUAAUAGAUCAGAUCGUGUUUCUUUGCCCAGAAAAGACCAUAAAACACCUACAAGUGAACAGCAGUUGGAAAUAAUAGGUGGUACUAGUGCACUUGAUUUGCCUGGAGAUUAUAAGGAUGUAUCAGUGGCAGGAGCAAAGGGUAACAUGGCUGGAGCUGAGAAAUGUCUUCAAUCAUCAGACAUUUCUUGUUCUGAAAAUAAGAAUUACUGUUACAUUUGUGGGAAACCACAGUCAAAAAUAUCUCGUCAUUUAAAAACCCAUUUGACUGAAGUUGAAGUUGCAGAAGCACUGUCAUUUCCAAAACGCUCAAAAGAACGCAAAAGACUACUAGAAAAAAUUCGGAACAAGGGGAACUAUCGGCAUAAUUCCAAUGUAUUAGAGAAAGGAAAUGGGUUGCUUAAAGUAAAACGAAGGCCAAACAAAGAUUGUGAUUCAAAACAGUUUGUGCAUUGUAUGUACUGCAAAGCAAUGUUUGGGCGUAAAGAACUAUGGCGACAUGUGAGAAGAUGUUCCUCAAAGCCAGGUUCAGUAAGUGAACAUCAGGGACGGACCAGAGUGUUGGGUUUGGCUGCCAUGGCAGAGUCUACAUCUUUGCAGCAGAUAUCUGGAGGAGUUUGGAAGCUCUUGAGUGCAAUGAAGCAAGAUGACAUAUCUUCUGUUGUACGCAAUGACUUCUGCAUUCUUCAGCUAGCGCAGUCAUUCUUCAACAAACAUGGAAAUGACCCUACCAAGUUUGAAUAUAUUCGUCAGAAGCUUCGAGAAAUUGGGAGGUUUUUGAUAACAUUGCGCAGUGAGUCCUCUAUAUACAGCCUUGAGGAAGCUAUAAAACCAGCUAAUUUCCAGCAUGUUAUUGAAGCUGUGAAGAAAGUGUCAGGUCAUGACGAAGAAAAAAACUACUACCAAAGGCCAAGCCUAGCAUUGAAAUUGGGCCACACAUUGCAAAAGGUCUGCGAGCUCAUCCACUGCAGAGGUCUAAUGGCAGAAGAUGAAGAGUUAAUUAAGUCAACUGAGACAUUCAGAAAGCUAUAUACCACCAAGUGGUCUGAGCUAAUAUCACACAGGGCUUUAAGCACAAUGAAUGAAGCAAAAUUCAAUAAACCGUCAACACUGCCUUUCACUCAUGAUGUUCAGCUCCUUCAUAAACACCUGGAAACUACUGCCAAUGCAGCAUCUGAAAACCUGAAAAAAACAUCAUCAUCACAAAGUUAUGCAGAACUUGCAAAAGCUACCCUUGCAAGGGUAAUUAUUUUCAAUCGUAGGCGUGCCGGUGAAGUAUCUAAAAUGCAGCUCAAAAGCUUCCAGGAAAGAGAGAACACACUACUUCACGCAGAUGUUGCAGUAGGUCUUUCCAAAUUUGAGCAGAAACUCUGUAGUCAUUUUAGUAGAGUUGAAAUCAGAGGUAAAAGAGGUCGAAAGGUUGCUGUCCUCCUCACACCAGAUAUGGUAGAUGCCCUAACACUUCUGGUGAAUAAAAGAACAGAGUGUGCGGUUCAGGAUAACUGCUUCUUGUUUGCUAGACCCAAAUGCCAGAGUCAUUACAGAGGUCAAGAUUGCUUGCGGCUCUAUGCAACUCAGUGUGGUGCUCAAAAUCCACAACAUCUCAGGUCAACACAUUUGCGCAAACACGUGGCCACUCUAUCACAAAUUCUUAAUUUGAAAAACAAUGAAUUAGAUCAAGUUGCUGACUUCUUGGGGCACGAUAUUCGUGUACACCGUGAGUAUUACAGGCUUCCAGAAGCGACAACUCAGCUGGCAAAAAUAUCCAAACUUCUGCUUGCUAUGGAAAAAGGGUGUCUCCCUAACUUUCAAGGCAAAUCACUCGAUGAAAUUGAAAUUGAAGAUGAGAUCAACUUAACUGAUGGCAGUGAUGGAACUGAACCUGACAGUGAUACAGAGGAUGCUACCUUGGGCACACCAAGACUGAAUGAAAGUCAAAGCAUUCAGCCAGCUACAGAAGAUAAUGCUGGAGGCUCAACAGAUUCCAUCAGUGUGGGCCAGGUUUUUACAGCAGCAAUUAAAACCUCAAAGAAGAAGUCGCGAACACAGUGGUCAAAACAGGAGGUGACAGCUGUAUUGAAACAUUUUAAAGAUCAUAUAACCAAAGGAAAACUGGCAACAAUGGCAGAGUGUCAGCAGUGCAAGUCAGCUGAGGACCCUGUUCUGGCAGGGCGCACUGUACAAAAUAUAAGAGAUUUUGUUAGAAAUAGAGGGAUCACACUAAAAAGGAAAACCAUGUCUAAUUGAAUAUAUAUUAUUUUCUAUAGAGGCAAAAAUGCCAAGGAGAAAAAUAUUGUUUAUUUCUAAUUUUUGGGGAGUAAAGAAUUUGCCCUCGUGUCAUGCACUCUUAAGUUGCAGAAAGUCUUUUGUUACAAGUUAUAAUAAAAAAUUAAUUAUUUUAAUAUUAAUAUUUUAAUUUCACGUUAGUACUUGUGCAUAAGUAAUCUGCAUUUCAUUAAUCAGGAAAAAAGUCAUUUUUGUUUUUGUGCAUAUUCGAGGUCCAAUAAAACAUCACUGACCUUCUAGCACAGUGAAUGGA